CGGAAGUGACAAAAGUAUUUCCACGUUAGCAUUUUUAUUUAGACGUGUAUUAACACCAUGAAACUCAAAAUAUCAGUCCAUUAACUGCAUAGCGUCACAUACUUACCCAAUGUAGUUUUAAAUUCUCAUUGGUGCUAGGACUUCGUUAAUAUAUAUUAUAUAGGUAACGCUAACUAGGUAGCUGAAUCGAGUUAGCUAACAAUGGCUAACGGUAUGGUUUUUCACACUCAAAUUGCCUCCAUUAUGGAGGUACUAGCGAAUGCAGCCGUGGCAGAGAUCUGUAAACUCGUAGACGACGACUAUGCAGUGUUUCGUUUGGAAAUGUCUCAAAGCCAGAAAGAAAACAGGACAUUGCGGAGGAAACUACAGCAACUGGAACUGAAGGUGGCACGGGAGCGCGCAGAGGGGACAAUGCGAGAGCGCGUCGUCGCCAGUCGCCCCAGUAGGGUCAAGAUCCUCGACCCGUACAGAGGAAUGACAAGAGGUGAAGGACAUCUCACAGAAGGCCACAAGAGCUUUGUGAAGCCAAUGAAGAACAAUUCCUGGAGAGAUGACCAAUCAAUUACUGUUGAUGAGGGGAGUGGAACCUCAACCCAGCACGUUAUCAUGAUAGAGUCUGCAGAAGCUGAAGCUGCAGGUCCUGGGGUCAAGAUGGAGAGGUCUGAAGGAGAUGAAGACCCACAGCACAGCAGAGACAUCCAGACUGGAGCACCCUCUGUAGCCACAGAGGACCCCAUCACCGCCCCAGUGCAGCCCAGGACCCGAAGCAGCAUCACGGAGGUCAGUGGAACGCCGAACGCCGUCCCCAAGUCAAAGACAGACACCGAGACUUUAACACGAAGGCUCUUACACACAGGAUCUGACCACCGAUCAGACCCAGAGAGACUGGGCUGUCCUCCUGCUCCCAGUUCAGAGUACUUACUGGUAUUUCACCAGAGCCAAAGAAGGGUUCAUUCCCGUGGAGAUGGUGAUGGUGACACGUUAGACACUGGUCGUGAUGAUCCGUCUUGUUCUUACGCUACAGAGAUGGACCCUGGCAACAUGCCCUUGGGUUUAGAGACACAGACUGAUUUGUCUAGAGGGGACUGGAACCAGUACAGUAGUAGUGUAUACUCUGAAGGGUGCCUAGAUAAGAAAGGGGAGGUUAUAAUCGUAGAUGAGGUAACUGUGAAAGUGGAGGGUGACGCUUCUCCCACAUUGAAUCCAGAUCGUCAUCUAGGAGACGGACACUCACAGAGCAGAGAUUUCUUAGAUUACAGGGAAAGCUUGGAGACAAAUUCAAACGUUGUGACCCACUCUCCUAUACAGUUCAGGGAUUCUGACCCAGUGUCCACGUUGAUGGAGCCUUCCGAUUCCCACAGCCAUGCCAUUUUCGGUCAGGUAUUGAACUCAAAUGACAGGGCUAGAGCCCAGGUUCAGGGAGGGGGAGCAACAUCAGGCAAUGGUAAAGAGAAACUGUUCCUCUGUAUGUUCUGUAACAAAGGCUUCAGCUGCCCCCAGAAGGUGGAGAUCCACCAGAGGGUCCACACAGGGGUGAAACCCUUCAGCUGUACCCAGUGUCACAUGCGCUUCGCCCAGGCUCGUGACCUGAAGAGGCACCAGAGGGUCCACACAGGUGAGAAACCCUACAGCUGUACCCAGUGUGAGAAGAGGUUCUCCCGCCAGGACCAUCUGAAGAUGCACCUUAAGGUCCACACGGGAGAGAGGCCGUUCUCCUGUACGCACUGUGGGAAGACGUUUUCAGAGAGGAGCUACCUCAGGAUACACCAGCAAAAAACUCAUUCCACUCUAUAACAUAAAAAGCAACCAUUCUACUCGACAGCUUAGAUCAAACCCUGCAUUAAAGACAAAGAUUAAUUUUCAUAUUUGUCAGCAGAAUAGAUCCGUAGAUGCGUUUGGAAUAACAAGAGGAACCGAUAUCGGUGUUGAAUAUUCUUGUGUAGAAUAUUGCAUCCAGACAUUGUGUGAUAUAUAAGCCUACAAAGUCUGAUACAUAUUGUGUUUGUACUGUGUGCCUAUUUAAUUACUUGCAAUUCAACUACCUAAUUUUUUUCCCUAGACACAUUUCAUGAGAAAAUGAAUGGAAUGUAUCAAUUUUAUGCAGAUUGUUAGUUGAGAUGUGUAUGUGUGGUUUUCAUAUGGUGUAUUUAAAACGUGUUUUAUGUUCAAUAAACACAAAAUUAGA